AUGCUCAUUUAUAGAAUUGUGACAAACAUCUUAUGGCAGAUCAUUUUUAUAGAGACGAAACGUCCAUCACCACCUGUCCUUGAGAGAGUGACCUAUUUAUCUCUGUCUGAUCUACAGAAAAGUAUUCAUGUUAAGGACCUUCAUGGCUGGAGUAUUCUGAAGACAGAUGACAACAUCCUUGUUUUUGGAAUGUAUGACCAGACAUCAAGAUCACUGGAAAAGACAAUCACAGUAGACAUUAACUUAAAUGUCAUUGUCCGAUUUGGGGAGGUACUUUUGAAGAAUAAGGAAACAAAUUUAAGGAAGAUUUCCAUCAGUAAAUUCCUCCAAGAAAUUGACAACAUCAGAAAGUGUGCAGGGUUACCUGAUGGUAGUUAUAAGGAAAACUGUUUUAGAUUUGUUUCUACUGUUGUGAGGAAUGUUAAACCUGAAGUGGAAACUGUUGUUAGAUCUCAAAGAUGUUCUGGAGGUUUGAUCUCAGAUGAAUCCACACCCGUCUGCUCAGCCUGUACUAGUUUACGUGGGAGCGCUAGUGAUGGAAAAUCAUCGACUAUGCAGAUCACAAUUCACCCCAAAACACCACUCUCUCGCCUGUCCAAAGAGGACUUGAUUAAGGAAGUCAAGGCAUCCAAAUAUAGCUUCAGAGAGAUUCAAGCUCAAGUACAAUCCCUGACAAAUGGUAUGACGGAGACAGUAACAAAUGAAGUGGGAGAGGGACUUUAUUCUUCAAUAGAAAACAAUCCUCCAGAAGACAACUUUUUGGAAUUGUUUUGGAAGGAGCAGAAAAAGGCAUUUCAAUCCAAUCCAAAGGGUAUGAGGUGGCAUCCCAUGAUGAUACGAUUUGCCAUUUUCUUGCAGUAUCAAAGUUCUCGAGCAUAUGAGGCCAUUAAAGAAUCUGGUGUUUUAAAACUACCAAACAAAUCAACAUUGAGGGACUAUACCAAUGUUAUAACACCAGCAACUGGCUUUCAACCACAUGUGUUUGAGGAACUAAGAAAGAUCGCAGCAGACCUUCCCUCCGAGAAGAGAUUUGUUGCUCUCCUUCAUGACGAAAUGAAAAUAAAGUCCGACCUGGUGUAUGACAGACGGAGUGGCCAAGUCAUCGGAUUCACAAAUCCAGAUACUUGGACAUUCAACGAGGAUGAGUCAAUGAAAAUUGCAACCCAUGUGCUGGUUUUCAUGGUUGUUGGCAUUAAUUCCCACAUAAAAAUGAGUAUUGGCCAUUUUCCUACCAGAACUUCCACUGCCGAUGAAUUAUAUCCUCUCUUUUGGAGUGUUGUGGCAUACUUAGUAAUGACAUGUGAACUGAAAGUAUGGAAUUUUGCAUAUUUGUACUUUGAUUUAAAUAAGACUAUCAAUUUAAAUACCAGACCAAUAUAAUAACUAUUAGCUGAAGAUCAUUGCUGCAAUAAUGAUACAGUUUAUAUUUCAUUAGUUUUCAUCCCACUAAAAAUGUGUCUCAUAAUACACCAGAUAUCUGAGGAUGGUUUAUUUUUUUUAUCAUAUUCAGGUAAUAACAUCAACUAGUAAUAAAGUCUCUGCCAAUCAGAGGUUGUAUCGAAUACACAAAGUAGGAAAUGAACCAGUUGUCUUCAAAACAAAGAAUGUAUUCACUGAGGAGGACAGAUAUAUUUAUUUUAUCUCUGAUGCUCCCCACCUUGUGAAGACAAUAAGAAACAAUGUCUACAGAUCAAAGACAGGUGGAUCAAGGUACCUCUGGAAUAAUGGUCGGUUCAUUCUGUGGUCUCAUGUGAUGGAUAUAUAUAAUGAUGAGACAAGGGGCCAGUUGUACAGAACAAAACUAACCCAUUAUCAUGUGUACCUGACACCAGCUUCCACCAUGUCUGUCAAACUGGCAGUUCAGGUAAUGAUUCAAUAUAGUAAAGUGCAUAUCAUUUAAUAAAUAUUUUUGAGUUUUAAAACUUUUUAGAAGUAUGCAAAUGUAAGAUGUCCAUUGCAUAUUUUAAAAAGAAAUCCCCAAACAAAUAUUUCCUAAGCAUUUGCAUAAUGACAAUUGAAAAUACAUGUACAUGCAUAAUGUCUUGGCUUUGAUUUCAAAAUUGUUAUAUUCAUGCGCAAAAUGUAUGGAAAAAACCCCAAAUUGAAUGCAGAUACAAGUUAUCAAUGUUUCCAUUUUCAUACUGUAAUCUGUACAAUUUUGUUAUUAGGUUUUACGUAACUCUGUGGCACAGGUCAUGCGUGCUUAUUAUGGCCCAGAGGUGUCAGAGACAGCUAGGUUCUUCAGUUUGGUGAACCGAUUUUUUGAUUGCCUGAAUGUGCUGUCAUUGAGGGAGUCUGUGUUCCAGAGAAAACCAGAUGUAGCACCCUACACUUCACAAAAUGACCCAAGAUUUCAG